GGAUGCUGCUGCGGAUCAGCGUCCAGGACUGCAGCAGCGUUGUGCCCCUGAAUGAGAAGUUUGGGGCGCCUCUGUGGGAGAGCCGAUGUCUGCUGGAGAUCGCCAGAGAGCUGGGGGUUAGGGUGGUUGGGGUGAGCUUCCACGUGGGCAGUGGCUGCCAGGACCCACAGGCCUUCAGCCUGGCCAUGGCAGACGCCCGCUCCAUCUUCACUCUGGGACAGCAGCUGGGACACAGCAUGACACUGCUGGACAUCGGGGGCGGCUUCCCUGGGACUGACCACACAGGGGUCACUCUGGAGGAGGUAGGGACAGACUCAACACUGCUGCACUGCGAGAGGCAUCUUGUCUACCACAUCAACGAUGGGCUCUUUGGCAGCUUUAACUUCACCAGGUUGGAAAAGGACAAAUACGCCCAGCCCAGCCCGCUGUCGCCAGGCCGGUACUACGUGACAUCGGCCUUCACUCUGGCGGCCAACGUGACCGGGAAGAAGGAGGUCUCCCCAAGCCCAGAGUCCGCUAGGGCAGGCUCCUGUCCGGUCCUGACCCCAGGGGAGAGGAGGAUGAUGUACUACCUGAACGAUGGGCUCUACGGCUCCCUGAGCUGCCUAGUGCACGAUCUAGUCCAGCGCGUGGAGCCCCAGCCGUCCGCGCCCUGGGCAGGCCGAGCCCUGCACCCCUCCACUGUCUGGGGUCCCACCUGUGACUCUUUGGACCUGCUGGGAGAGGGCUGGGUGCUGCCGGAGCUGGAGCUGGGAGCCUGGCUGCUGUUCAGAGACCGAGGUGCCUACUCGCUCUCCUGCGCCUCGCGGUUCUGUGGCUUCGACCUCCCCAGCAUCCUUCACAUCAUCAGUCCAGCCUGCUGGUGAGUUCGGCACUCCUGC